AAUACUUUACUGCAUAAUCCUCCCUCCGUCCAGUAGAUGGCACUGUUGAUGCGGUUGCUAUCACUUUUCCUAACUUUCCCCUCGAGUCGCUCGUUGAUGACUCGUUUUGUUUUUCUCUUUGUUUAAUUCCGCAGGCGGUCUGCUGUAUGAGAUGUGUGCGAGCCUUCAAGAGAACAAAAGAAGGGAAGGAAAGAAGAACUACGAGGAGUGAAACGGGGGAGAAGAGAAGGAGUAUAGCGAUAAAAACAGAGCCUCCUUCCCAGGGUCCCCCGUGUGAGAAGGGAAUCCUAGAAGAGUAGAGCAGACACUUGGUUGGGGAGAGAGAAGAGCUGAACACCGAGCAAUGGCCUCCGCUGAAAAUAGUGACAUAGGAGAACGACUUGCACGCAUUAAGCAAGAGGACUGUGAGUGGGGCGCACCAGACAAUUUGUGCUUGAAGCUGGAGGAUUUUGAAGGCCCGAUUUCCGUUUUCAAAGAGGAGUCAUCCAAGGAGAAGACUGUCAAAAUUAAAGUGGAGGAUUCGGAAGGUGUGCCUGUAAGUGCUGAGCUGCAAAAUCAUGAAACGAAGAACCUUUUCAAACAAGAAGAAUUUCAUUCCGAUUUACCGCACUGGGCCCCUGACAAGGGACAACCGGCUACCCGGCACAAUUUUCUGAAGCUGAAAUCGGAGUUUUGUGAGUUUGAGGAGAGAAGCACUGAAGGAAGCAGGAGAGAAGCAGUAGAGCAGCAGUCAUCUAGGAGGGUGGGAAGAAAUUUCCAGGAGAAUGGCAGCUUUGCUUUGUCUUCAUUUGCUCAGCCUUCUCUUCAGUGCAGACUGCGACAGAAGCAGGGCAAGGGGACGAUGAGACGGUCAGAGAGUUUGACAGCAGCCUGUUUUCAGUCUGGUUCUCAUCCUGCUGGUGAACAAACAGGAACAGGAGCCAUCAACACUGAUGAGCAACAAGUAUAUAAUACCAAUCAAGAAGUUUUACAUCCCAGCCAAGGGUGUGGACAAACAUUUAAAAUCAAAUGUGACUCUAAAGAUCACAACUCGGUUCAUAGAAGACUAACACCCCAUUCUUGUUCCGAGUUUGUAAAAGAAUUUCUUCAUAACAGUAGCGUUCAAGAACAAAUAAGAAUUCAUACUAGUGAAAAAAACCAUUGCUGUUCUGAAUGUGGUAAGCGAUUUCCUGACAAAUAUAGGCUCCAAAGACAUGCACGAAUCCACACUGGAGAACGUCCCUAUGGCUGUGUUGAAUGUGGAAAAAGAUUCACUGACAGUAGCCAUCUUAGGAGGCAUGCAAGGAUUCAUACUGGGGAGAGGCCAUAUGGCUGUUCUGAAUGUGGUAAAAGAUUCUACUAUAGUAGCCAUCUUCAGUGCCAUGAACGAAUUCAUUCUGGAGAGAAGCCUUAUUGUUGCUCUGAGUGUGGUAAAAGAUUUUCUGAAUUUUCAAGUCACUAUAGACAUACAAGAAUCCACACUGGAGAGAAGCCGUUUUGCUGUUCUGAGUGUGGCAAACGAUUCCCUCUUAACAGCAGACUUCAGACCCACUUAAGAAUUCACAGAGGAGAGAAGCCAUAUGUCUGUUCGGAAUGUGGCAAACACUUAAGUAGCAGUAGCAGUCUCAAGUCUCACAAGAGAAUCCAUGCUGGAGAGAAGCCCUAUGUCUGUUCUGAAUGUGGCAAACAAUUCAGCAAGAGCUGCAGUCUUCAGUCUCACAAGAGAAUGCAUGCUGGAGAGAAGCCCUAUGUCUGUUCGAAUUGUGGUAAAAGAUUCUGUCACCGUAACUCCUUUCAGCGGCACACACAAAUUCAUACCGGAGAGAAGCCAUACACUUGUUCUAAAUGUGGUAAACAAUUCUCUCAAAUCAGUGCUUUUCAGAGGCACACACAAAUUCAUACAGGAGAGAAGCCAUAUUGUUGUUCUGAAUGUGACAAAAGAUUCUUCUAUAACAGCAGUCUUCAGAACCACCUAAAGAGUCACACUGUUCUGCGAAACAUGGCCUCGGCCGAAGAGGACACCGUGAGUGAACGACCAGCACACAUAACACAAGAGGAUUGUCAGUGGGGUGCACCAGAGGGUUUAUGUGACAAAGAGGAGGACAGUGAAGACAGCACUUCCGAUUCUGAAGAAGAGUCGGAGGACGAAAUCAUUCAAGUUACAGUGGAGGAUUCCGAAGACUUCUCGGUUAAUCUCGAACUGCGAAAGCACGAAACGGGGAAGACUUUCAAGCAAGACGUUUGUGAGGAGUCUCAUUUCAUUUUACAGCCCUGGUUCACUAAUUCGGGUCAACCGGCCACCCAGCAGAAUCCUGUGGAACUGAAAUCGGAGUUAUCGGAGUCCGAAGAGAAUAUCGGCGAAGGAGAUGGGAGAGAAGAAGAGGAGCAGCUGUCACCUAGGAGUGUUGGAAUGAAUUCAGAGGAGGAUGGCAGCUCUUCUUCUCCAUCUUCAUUUACGCAGACCUCUCUUCAGCGCAGACUGCAACACAAAUUGGACAGGAAGCAGAUGAAGACACCAUCAGUGGGAUCAGAGGAUUUGCCAGCAGACUCUUUCCUCUUUAGCUGCUCCCCAGAUGUCAAACUAAAAUCCCUCAAAGGUCAGCGGCAAAUAUCUAAGCUCCUCAGUUUUCAGACUGCAGAGAAACCUCCUUGUUGUUUAGAAUGUGGCAAACAGUUCUCGCAAAAAUGCCAUCUUCAGAGCCACAGAAGAAUCCACACUGGAGAGAAACCCUAUUGCUGUUCCGAAUGUGACAAACGAUUUUCUAACAGUAGCACUCUUCGACAGCACACUCGAAUUCAUACGGGAGAGAAGCCAUUUGGUUGUCCUGAAUGUGGUAAACAAUUCUCACGUAUAGGCUCUCUUCAAAGGCAUUCAAAAAUCCACACUGGAGAGAAACCUUACUCCUGCCCAGAAUGUGAUAAACGAUUCUUGCGAGUAAGCCAUCUUCAGAGGCACACAAAAACCCACACUGGAGAGAAACCUUAUUGCUGCUCUGAAUGUGGGAUGCGAUUCUCUGAGAGCAGCACUCUCCGACAGCAUAGACGCAUUCAUACUGGAGAAAAACCUUAUUGUUGUUCUGUAUGUGGCAAACGGUUCCUCGAAAAUGGCAGUCUUCAAAGGCACAUCAUAAUUCAUACUGGAGAGAAACCCCAUAGCUGUCCUGAAUGUGGUAAACGAUUCUCACAAAUAAGCCAUCUUCAGAGCCACAAAAGAAUUCACACUGGUGAGAAACCGUAUAUCUGUUCUGAAUGUGGUAAACAGUUCUCGGACAGUAGCACUCUUCGAAAGCACACACAACUUCAUACUGGAGAGAAGCCAUAUCGCUGUCCACAAUGUGGUAAACAAUUCUCACAAGCAAGCAAUCUUCACAUCCACACGAGAUUCCACACUGGAGAGAAACCCCAUUGCUGUCCAGAAUGUGGCAAGCGAUUCACUCUGCUAAGACAUCUUCAGAGGCACACAAUAAUCCACACUGGAGAGAAACCUUAUUGCUGUCCUCAGUGUGGGAAACGGUUCUCUGAUAGCAGCGGUCUUCGACAGCACACACAAAUUCAUACUGGAGAGAAGCCUUAUUGCUGUACUGAAUGUGGCAAACGAUUCUCACAACUAAGUAAUCUUCAAGUUCACAAAAGAAUCCACACUGGGGAAAAACCUUUUGGCUGUUCUGAAUGUGGCAAACGAUUUGUCAAAAAUAUCAGUCUUCAAAAACACAUACUAAUUCACACUGGAGAGAAAGUGGUACAAAAGUACCACAAAAUUGAAAAGGGCCUGAAGGCAAAAGUUCAGCCCCUCGACAUGCGUCUCUUCGUCAUUCUUACUCCUACGCUGGGCUCCUUGUGUGGCUGCGACCUCGGCACGCCUCACUUCUCGCCUGCCAGCUUUGCACGGUCCUUCCAUGCGGCUUCCCUUUCUCGCUGGACCCAGAACCGAGGGGAUUCUCUCGUUGUUUGUUCUGAAUGCUAUUUGAGGCGUGUCGGAAAAAGCGAACAGAAGAAGACACGAAGGAGAGAAAGAAAAGGAAUAUUGACAAGUGGAUGGAGGAGGACGGUCGAUGAAAAGCAGCCUCCUUCCCAGUUCCCAUGGCCAUGUAGUGAGAAGUCUAAUGGUCUCCAGAUCAGGGCUGUCCAUGUGAGAAGCAGACACUUGGUGAAAGAGAAGAGUUUUCCACAGGGCAUGGCCUCAGUGAGUAAAACGCUGGCCCACAUUAAACAAGAGGACUGUGAAUGGGGUGCACCAGAGGGGUUGUUGGAUGUGAAAGUGGAGGAUCACGAAAGAGGACGUUCGGUGUUUAAACAGGAGGAGUGCAAGGGGGGGUCCGUUAAGAUUGAGGAAUUGGAAGAUUUCCCAGUUUGUCUCGAAUUGCAAAAACUUGAAACUGGGAAUAUUUUCAAGCAAGAAAUUUGUGAAGACUCUCAGUCCAGUUUGCAGCUCCGUCUCGCUAAUACGGGCCAACGGGCUACCCAGCAGAAUUCUCUGGAACUAAAAUCGGAGUUUUCAGAGUCUGAAGAGAAAAUCAUUAAAGGAAACAAAGGAGAAGGUGAAGAGCAACCAUCCUCUAAUUUGGAAAUUAAUUUCCAGGAGAACACCAGCUUCUCCUCAUCUUCAUUUCCUCAGAUUUCUCAGUGCAGUCUUCAACACCAACUGGACAAGGAGAAGAUUAGAAAAUCAACAAGAAGAUCAGAAAAUUUGACAAUAGCCUCUGUGGGGGGCAGUGCUCUUUCUAGUGCCAGACCAACACAGACAGAAGCUGUCAGCAAUGAUCAACAACAAGUGCAUAAUUUAGACCAAGAGGCUUUGUACACCAACCAGGAGGACAAAUCUGAUAGUAAAGAUAAGUCAGUUCCUAAAAUUCUGAGGCCAUAUCCCUGUUCUGAAUGUGGCAAACUAUUUCCGCACAGAAAUGGUCUUCACGCUCAUCAAAUAAUCCACACUGGAGAACAACCCCACCACUGUGCAGAGUGUGGCAAACGAUUCCCCUGUAAUAGUGCUCUUCAGCGGCACAUACGUGUUCAUAGUGGAGAGAAGCCAUACAGCUGUGCUGAAUGUGGUAAAAGAUUUUCUCUUAACAGCACUCUUCAAAAUCAUACAAAAAUUCACACGGGAGAAAAACCUUACUGCUGUUCUGAAUGUGGUAAAGCUUUCUCAUUUUUAGGUAACUUUCAUGAGCACUUACGAAUUCACAGUGGAGAGAAGACUUAUUGUUGUAGUGAAUGUGGCAAACGAUUCAUACAAGCAAGCAGCCUAAGGAGACACAUCAGAAUUCACACUGGAGAGAAACCUCACUGCUGUUCUGAAUGUGGCAAACAAUUCUCAUGUAUAAAUGAUCUUCGGACCCACACAAGAAUACACACUGGAGAGAAACCAUACAGUUGUUCUGAAUGUGGCAAACAAUUUGUUAGCAGUAGCCAUCUUCAGAGGCACAUACGAAUUCACACUGGAGAAAAGCCCUACUGCUGUUCUGAAUGUGGCAAAAGAUUCUCACAAAUAAGUACUUUUCAGAUCCACACAAGAAUUCAUAUUGGACAAAAAACCUAUGGUUGUUCAGAAUGUGGCAAACAAUUCUCUGACAUUAGCUAUCUUCAGAGGCACACACGAAUUCAUACUGCAGAGAAACCGUAUAGCUGUUCUGAAUGUGGCAAACGAUUCUCACAGAAAAGUACUUUUCAGAUCCACUCAAGAAUCCACACUGGAGAAAAACCAUAUAGCUGUUCAGUAUGUGGGAAGAAAUUCUCUAACAGUAGCUGUCUUCAGAGGCACACGCGAGUUCAUACUGGAGAGAAACCAUACUGCUGUUCUGAAUGUGGCAAGCGAUUCUCACAAAUAAGUACUUUUCAGAUUCACACCAGAAUCCACACAGGAGAAAAACCAUAUAGUUGUUCAGAAUGUGGCAAACUAUUCUCUAACCGUAGCAAUCUUCGGCAGCAUGCCCGAAUUCACACUGGAGAAAAGUAACAUUGCUAUUCUGAAUAUGGCAAAUGAUUUACUUAUAGUAGUGCUUGUAGCCGCAGGAGUGUAAGGCGAGACCAAGCACAGGAAAAACACAUGCCGAAAGAAGUCUCUCAGUCCAAAAGUUUGUUUUAAAAAUAUUUAGUGAAAAAUAAAGGCAAAUACAGUCAUCCCUCACCUAUUGUGAGGGUUACGUUCCCACGAUAGGUGAAAAUCCGUGAAGAAGCGACCUUAUAUUUAUUUUAUUAUUUAUAUAUAUUUUAAGGCUUUAUAAACCCCACACUCUUAUAAACCUUUCCCACUCUCUUAUUAACCUUUCCCACACUCUUAUAAACCUUUCCCACUCUCUUAUUAACCUUUCCCACACUCUUAUAAACACUUCCCAUGCUCUUAAACACUUUCUACACUCUUACCUAUGUAAUUUUAACAACAUAUAAAAUUCUAUAUUUACACACAGCGGUGUAGCUGUUCCCUUCCUUCAACAUAUCCAGAACUUUUACCUUUUUGGCAAUGGUUAGCAUCUUCCAUUGGCACUUGGGCACGGCCCUGGAAGCAGGAGCAGGAGACAUAAUUUAGGUUUUGUCUACGCACAAAGAUAAACACAAAAGAGCACAAAAGUUAACUCUUUACACAGCG